AGUCACACCUUAGUCAUUAGCUCUCGAGCAGAUUACUCCAAGGGGGACUGAAGUGCACGCGCGUCUGUCCAAUGACGUUUGAAUCGUGAGCGCGUGUCCCUUUAACAUCCGUCCGAAGUGUGGCAACUCGUUUAUAAAGCCAAUUUAUUCUUGCUUUUGUUGUUCUUAUGCAGGAAAACUGGAGAUUAAUAUAAGAUAUACAAAACAACGACUUAGAAUAAUUUGCUAAAUAGAAGAACUGUUCAUUGUGGCGCUUUGCUCUUACAGAUUCAGUAAAGUAUAGAUUAAUCCAGUUGUGUCCAAAUUGACACCUUUUUUAAACUAGAGCUAUGAAGACGUGGAUGCUGGACCGAAUAGCGGGACUAAGCCUCAGGUACAUAUGUGUGCUCGCGCUCGCCACAGCCGCUUGCUGCUUCGUCUCCGCUCCGAGGGCGAUGCUGAGCGCCGAGUCUCUUGUUGGAGUGGGCAGCGCGCCUCCAGGUGUUCUAGCCGAGAUCAACACCGAGUGUUGGGACGCGGCGUCGCACGCGCUAAUUGAGGCGCGGAGGAUGCGCUCGGACAACGGCGUGGCGGCUCUCUGGGACUUCAUUACGCGCCUGCAGGCAUCUCCUCAACCCCGCCACCAGGAGUUGUUCAUGAGGCUCGCGCAGGCGUUCUGGGAACGCUACGUGGACUGUGUGCUGUCGCGCGCGCAUGGCCUGGGCAGGAGAAGGUCAGGUGUUUCAGACGGAGACCGUCAACUUUCAUUCUGAUGUCCAAUGUCUGUGUUUUAUGUAACCAAAAAGUGGGAUGAUUAUUUAUUUACUUAUUUACUUAAUUGCUUAUUUACUUACUUACAUACGGGUUCUUAGCUCGAAACGACGGAAGCUUUUGUGACACGUGUUGGUUUAUGAGCGUUUAUUGGCUUUCAAUCUGAAAAAAAAAACAAAAAAAAACAAUAAAUGUCUCAUUAUUUAGACUUCUUAAAAACUGUUUAGAAAUUGUAUUUUCAGCCAGUCCCUUGGAGAUUAGGCACAACACAUUCUCUUUUGACGUUCACUCUCCUCCUGUUGUGAAAAGUGAUUAGGAUGUAAGUACUCAUGAAUAACGGUAAUAUUAAUGUGCCAGACCUAAGCACUGAUGAAGCAAAUUACACAGGUCCUGCGUGCGCAUUUAAGCUGCGUUAGUCAGCUUUAUAGACCUGCAGGCAUGCCAGUAGGCAGGCUGCUGUGCUUCAGCAUCUCCAUAAACAAUAACAGCAAUCACCUGGAAAUCAACAAAUAUCCAGUAAAUACAUAUUUAACAAUGUCCAGUAAAUACAUAUUUAUCACAAGCAAUAAGUAGUCCAAUCAGUAAACACCUGGACACUCCCAUCUUGGUGGAGAGUAAAUGUAAGGUAAUAGAAUCCUGGGAAUUAGCAGGCGAACGCACUACUGUUUACUGAUUAUUAUGUUGGGAUUGUUUUUUUACAUUAGGGUUUUAAGAUAAUUGUAACAACAGUGGUAGCCCAAAGGAAACCUCUUUUCACAUACUGAUGUGACUGCUAGUGAAUUGUGAAAAACAAAACAAUCAAACAAACAAUCAAAUUAAUUAAUUAAUUAAGAAACUUUUACGCGCGUGCGUAAAACGGUUACUCGUCCACUCACCAAGUUAAAGAAAGUUAUAUAAUUCUAUCCAAUUUGAUUUUAUUUAUAUAUAGCUUCUAUCAUCAUUGACACAAAACAGCUUUACAUACAAAAUCCUGAGGUGACAGUGGCAAGGAAAAUAAAAACUCCCUCAGACGUCACGAGAGAGAAAGGGUCAGGGUUUUUAAUUUCACUGGAAUUUUAGCUUUAAGUUAGCUUUGGCCAUCAUUUCCCGCUUCAGUCGCCAACUUAUUUAUCACAGAAGCAUAAAAUUUGCAUAUAAUAUGGCGAUUCUUUCUCAGAUAAUGACCAUCACCAUCACAGAGCCCGACUUUAUAUUGCGACUGUUAUAUAGAAUUUAAAACCAGCACCAUGUGGUCUCAUAUACAAAAUGGUGAAAAUAUUCUGUAAAAAAAAAAAAAGAGAGAGAGAUGAAAAAUAAUUCCCUAGGUAUCAAUGCUGCGUGUGUAUGCAGACGUUGUCUAGUAUGUAAAAUAGUGUAACUAUUGCGCACACUACCAUUUGAAUAUGGAAACAGCUUUACGAGAAAUGACACGCCAGAGAUAGUCCGCUGUCAUAAAGCUCGUGACACCGUGCUCUCGUGCUUCACGGUACGGUUGUGUAUCAUAUUAUUGUUUUCAUGACAAAUAAAUUUUUUUUUUGUACUCGUUAUUUUUCAAAACACCUUUGGUCCA